UGGGGGUUAAGUGGGGGGAGGGCGGGGGGUCAAAGAUUUGCAUUUCGCCAUUUCCUGGGAGGUUCCCUGGAAGACAGUCAAAACUCCCAAAUUCCUUAACUUCUACAAACAUACAACUCAACUCAUUUCAGACAGUUUAGAUCUGAAACAAUCAUUUCCAAAACAACAACAAGACAAAAAAUUCAAAAACUCUUUUGUACAAUUUCUCAGUAAAUCUUGGCUUUUACAUAAACCCCAUAUUCAAGAUUGUCUCAAAUCAGACAAAGAACAUAUAAAGAUUUGAUUUUUGAAUGUAUAAGAUUGGAAAAACAUGAUGGAACUCAAAACCCUUAAUUCAGUUCCACCUAUAAAACCACCACCAGGUCACAAUCUCUUUCCUACACUCAAUUCACCUGAAAAGACUCUAACUUUCCACAAGUUUUUGGUUCUUUUCCUGACUUUUAUAGCAUAUGCAGCUUUUCAUGCCUCUAGGAAACCACCAAGUAUAGUAAAAUCAGUUCUUGGACCUGAGGUGAGAGUUGUUAAUGGAACUGAUGGGAUGAUUGUUGGGAAUGGGUGGGUUCCAUUUGAGGGUCCUAGUGGGCCACAUCGUUUAGGGGAACUUGAUCUUGCAUUCUUGUUAGCAUAUUCAAUUGGGAUGUAUUUUGCUGGACAUAUUGGUGAUAAUAUUGAUUUGAGGAUUUUCUUGACUUUUGGGAUGUUGGGUAGUGGGGUGUUGGUGAUUGGUUUUGGUUUAGGUUAUUUUCUUGAUGUGCAUUGGCUUGGAUUUUUUCUUAUUGUUCAGAUUUUAUGUGGGCUUUUUCAGUCUAUUGGAUGGCCUUGUGUUGUUGCUGUGAUGGGAAAUUGGUUUGGGAAGGCUAAAAGGGGGUUGAUAAUGGGGGUAUGGAAUUCGAAUACGUCUGUUGGUAAUAUUAUAGGUUCUUUAGUUGCUUCAUCUGUGUUGAGUUUUGGUUGGGGUUGGUCUUUUUUAUUGCCUGGAAUAUUCAUUUUGGUUGUGGCAGCUUUAGUUUAUGUGUUUCUUGUAGUGAGUCCUGAUCACGUUGGUCUUGAAUUGGCUUCGAAGGAGAUUGAGAUGAAUGUCGAGGGAGUUGCAUUGGUGGGGUCGGAGACAGGUGAAGCGGGAGAGGAGGGAGUUGUGGAACCUGAAAUGGAGGGUGCUGGUGCAAUUGGGUUCUUGCAAGCAUGGAAGUUACCAGGAGUAGCACCAUUUGCGUUCUGCUUAUUUUUCUCGAAGCUAGUGGCCUACACAUUUUUGUAUUGGUUGCCAUUCUACUUAAGGCAAACAGUUGUUGCUGGUGUGCAACUAUCUCACCAAAAUGCUGGGAUCCUUUCGACGAUUUUUGAUAUUGGAGGAGUCGUCGGAGGGGUUUUGGCAGGAGUCACAUCCGACAUAAUUGAAGCUCGUGGGGUUACUUCCAUUGUGUUCUUGUUAUUAUCAAUACCUUCUCUUCUUUGCUAUCGGAUAUAUGGGAGUGUAUCUAUGUUUACCAACAUCACUUUGAUGCUCAUUUCUGGUGCACUUGUCAAUGGCCCUUAUUCCCUUAUUACCACAGCAGUUUCAGCAGACCUUGGUACUCAGAGCCUGAUAAAGGGGAACUCUCGUGCGUUAGCUACUGUGAGUGCAAUUAUAGAUGGUACUGGCUCAGUGGGGGCAGCUCUCGGGCCACUUUUAGCAGGAUAUAUUUCAACAAGAGGAUGGAACAGUGUGUUUUUUAUGCUAAUUCUUUCAAUAACCAUUGCAAGCCUAUUUUUAAUCCCUAUUGUGAAUAAUGAGAUUAAAGAAAAGCUGAAUGAAGGGAAAUGGCUUUGGAUCAGUGUGAUUAAAAGGUGAUCCAGAACAUCUCGAAGGCAAAGCUACAAAUACGUCUAUUUGAUUCUGAAAAUGUUUCAGGCUUUGAACCUUUGAAGUAGUGCAGCAGAUCCUAUUUUUUUUUUGUACAGAUUCUUAAAGAUCUCUAGAGAGAAAUCCAAUAGUAGACUCCGGAAGCUAUUAUUCAUGUAUGUCCUUUUCUGGAUAUCUCAUUUUAUCGAUACACAUUUUACACAGCAGAUAAUACUUGUUCCGUUAUUAUUCUGUACUAUUCAGCUGACUUCGAGUAUCAUUUCUUGCCUUUUAGCGUUUCUUGUAGCAUGAGAUGAAUAUGUUGCUGUUCUUUUGAAACGUAUUAAUGAAAGAAAUUUCUUCUUUUUUUUAA